AUGAGCCGCGCGCUCCUCUCCCACAUCCUCCACCGCCCGCCUCUCCUCGCGUACGCGCGCUCUCCUUCUUCCCACCCUCUCUCGUGCGCCCUGAACGCCUGGGCUGUAGGAGCUGACGCUGAUACUUUUUUUUAUGUCUCCCGCCGUUUGGGCUUCGCGCGCAGGUCGAGGAGUGGCGUCCGAGGAGGAGCGCUGCCUUCCCGCCUCCGCGCUCUCCGCCUCAACUGCAGCGCGGCUGAAGCAACCGCCUCGGCCGAUGAGGCGCCUGCUCCCCCGGCGAGGAAGAAAAGAGUAGUUUCUGGUGUACAGCCAACAGGAAUGGUGCACCUUGGAAAUUAUCUUGGCGCUAUUAAGAACUGGGUUGCACUUCAGGAUUUGUAUGAGACAUUCUUUUUCAUUGUGGACCUGCAUGCGAUUACUUUGCCAUAUGAUGCACCAGAGCUAUCUAAAGCUACAAGAAGCACCGCUGCAAUUUAUCUAGCAUGCGGCAUUGAUAGCUCCAAGGCUUCUAUUUUUGUACAGUCUCAUGUCCGUGCCCAUAUUGAGCUGAUGUGGCUGCUGAGUUCUUCAACUCCUAUUGGUUGGCUGAAUAAAAUGAUUCAGUUCAAAGAGAAAUCACGCAAGGCGGGUAAUGAAAAUGUUGGAGUGGCACUUUUGACGUACCCUGUUCUAAUGGCUUCUGACAUCCUUCUGUACCAGUCCGAUUUGGUACCUGUUGGGGAAGAUCAGACACAACAUUUGGAAUUAACUCGUGAAAUUUCUGAACGUGUAAAUAAUCUAUAUGGUGGAAGAAAGUGGAAGAAAUUGGGAGGGAGAGGCGGUUCAUUAUUUAAGGUUCCUGAAGCCCUUAUCCCUCCAGCAGGGGCCCGUGUGAUGUCCUUAACUGAUGGCCUCUCCAAGAUGUCGAAGUCUGCUCCUUCAGAUUUGUCUCGCAUUAACCUUCUUGACCCAAAAGAUGUGAUUGUGAACAAAAUCAAACGCUGCAAAACUGACUCGCUCCCUGGCUUGGAAUUCGACAACCCAGAGAGGCCGGAAUGCAAAAAUCUUCUCUCAGUCUACCAGAUCAUCACUGGAAAAACGAAAGAGGAAGUUGUUAGUGAAUGCCAAGAUAUGAACUGGGGGACGUUCAAGGUUACCCUUACGGAUGCCUUAAUUGAUCAUCUGCAACCUAUUCAGGUUCGAUACGAGGAGAUCAUGUCUGAUCCAGGUUAUUUGGACAAUGUUCUGCUAAAUGGGGCAGGGAAAGCUUCUGAGAUAGCAGACGCCACCCUCAACAACGUCUACCAAGCCAUGGGUUUCUUGCGCAGAUAG